CUUUUGAACAGAAUUUAUACGAGGUGCUGAGCUUAGUCUCAGCAGAACGAAGUAGAACAGAAUCAACUCGAUCAUCACCAUCUUUAACCAACAGCAUCAUGAAGAGUCUCUUUCUGUCUCUGGGAACGCUGCUUCUCAUUGCCUUCUACUGUGAUGCAGUUCCUCAGGCAGUUCUGUACAGCACGGCUCCUGUAACCUGCUGUAACAAGUUCAGCACCUUUAAAAUACCAGAAAGUCGUGUGUCUGAGAUAAAAAAGACCCACGGCUCCUGCUUAAGGCAAGGAUUCAUAGUUAAGACUGUAACGGGACGACGAAUCUGCUUUAAACAGUCUGAUGAUUGGGUUCAGAAGCCCUUCUAUCGAAAGAGGAUUUCUGAAGGCAGUGGUCGGCAACCAUAAACAUAACAAGCUAUAUUAUGUAAUACAUUAUGUGAAUGCUAUCUAUUGAAAUAAGCUUUAAUUUGUUUUGUAUUUAAAUAAAAA